AUGAAGGUCUUCGUGGAUCGCGACUGUCUGCUGCAUGAUCCACCCUAUGAGAUUCUCUCGGGGAAGCCCGUCCCCUAUUUCGAGAGCCCCGCGCGCUGGCACGCAAUCAAACACGAGCUGGAGAGCUCUCCAUCCUUCGAGAUUGCUGACCGUGAUUCGGAUGUCGAUGUCCUAGGCUAUGCGCAGGCGAUCCACGAUCGAGAUUACAUUCAAUACCUGCGGAAUGCCUACGAGGAUUGGGUGGCAGAUGGAAACGAUAAGGCGCGUUCUCAAAGCCUGGAAACAUUUCAGUAUCCCAAACUGCUAUCGCCCUUACCAUCUAUAGAUGAUUCAGCUGAGGCGUUGUCUCCCAUCGCUAAAGCAGUCGACCUCCAGGGCAUCACGCAGGUUCAUCACUCUGCGGAGGCUAUUGCUUCAUUAACAACGUGGCGGCCGCCGUCCGAUUCCUCCAAACUUCUUGUGCCUCUGAAAUGCCACAGAAAGGGCAGGGGAAAUCUCAUCGACCCGGGCGCGUGCCAGUGGCUGUCCUCGAUAUUGACUACCACCAUGGAAAUGGCAAACGACUACCCUUAUUUCACAGGAUCCACGAAAGAGAAGGGGUCUGGGAUGGGCAUCGGCUGCAAUAUCAACUUUCCCCUUCCGAGAGGAACCACCGACCAGAAAUACUGCGAAACGUUGCGAGAAGCAGUCGCCUGCGUCCAACAGUUCGAGCCAGAGUAUGGGUAA